UUAUCCUCCAGAAGCUUCUACGAGCCGCGGUCCCAAGUCUCCCAACUCGAUGAGGGAGAGUGAAGGGGGAGAGACACGAAUCCGGAAUUCCGGAUAGAGCGCCGCCCCCACCUCGACCCGCUCCGUCCGGCGACGAGGACCCCGUUCCGGCGCCGCCACAGCGUCGAACCGAGAGAAGGGCGAGGAGGGGGGGCAAGCAUGACGACGAUCCGGCGGUUCUGCUGCGACGACCUCCUCCGCUUCGCCUCCGUCAACCUCGACCACCUCACCGAGACGUUCAACAUGUCGUUCUACAUGACGUACAUGGCGCGCUGGCCCGACUACUUCCACGCCGCCCUCAGCCCUGGCGGCCGCGUCAUGGGUUACAUCAUGGGUAAAGUUGAAGGGCAGGGUGAGUCUUGGCAUGGGCACGUCACGGCAGUGUCUGUUGCCUCGGAAUUUCGGAGGCAGAAAUUAGCCAAGAAGCUCAUGAACUUGCUGGAGGAAAUCAGCGAUAAAAUGGAUAAGGCCUACUUUGUGGAUCUCUUUGUAAGGGCAUCUAACAUGCCAGCGAUAAGGAUGUAUGAAAAGCUUGGUUAUGUGGUUUAUCGGAGGGUGCUUCGAUACUACUCAGGGGAAGAAGAUGGCCUUGAUAUGAGAAAGGCGUUAUCACAAGAUGUCGAGAAGAAGUCCAUCAUACCACUCAAGAGGCCAAUCACACCUGAUGAACUUGAAUAUGAUUGAUGUUGAAGUCUAGGAAGUACAGUGUGGUGUUUGUUGCUUACCUGAACAGCAUGAAUGGGGAAUUUAACAAGCUUUGAAUCUGGUCUAGUGGUAUCAUUAAGUAGGGAUUAGUACUUGUACUGUUGUGUUUUUUGCACCAGUUAGGCCCCAUGGCAUUCAGUGUUUGAAUUGAGAGAACUGAUAACUGUGAUGUAAUGGAAUCAAACUGCUUUGUUUUGAUGUCAGACCAGCCAAAUAAUUCUUAUCCUGUGACGUUACUUGC